UUCAGUGUCAGUGGCCCUCCCUCAGCUGAGAUGUUUAACCAGCACAGGAACCAUUUAUUGCUUCAGACAGAACUGACAAGCGCAAAUUCCCACAUUGUGCCAUUAUAAAUCAUAUGAGCCACAAUCUUCUAAUACAUUAUAAAUCAUAGAUUUAAAAGAAAACACAAACAGAUUUGACAAAGAGAUCAUGUAAAAACAAGUAAAACAUGAAUCUGAUGUCAGACUAAGAGUUAUCUCUACUUCAAUACUUUAUUAAUCAAAAGCAUAUCUAUUAAUACAAGCAGGGGGGAACCACCAGUCCCUUCAAUUCUGAAGAGGGUUCAAAGCACGUGUGACUUUUAUUCUAUGUUUUUGUUGCAUUCUUAGUAUUUUUUUAAAUUUCCUCACGGUGUUAUAAUAGUCAAUGUAGAUACUGGAGAUGUAACUAAGUCACUAGUUAACGGCUAGAUGUGAGGAAGGGCUUUUUUUUAUUAUAAUGGCUAAAUGUAAUAAAUUCUCCUUCUUAAUACAUGGGUCGACGGGUCUACCAAUCCCAUCCAGUCGUCUGUGAAAGUGAAGGCGACGGCUGGAACAUUUAACCCAGCCGCGUCAAAAUUUGAACUUGGCUGACGUAAUAACGUAGGCAUUCAGUCCCUGGAGUCUGUUCUGUCUUUCAAUGUCAUCGUGGUGAAUGUGGACUUUAAACUUCAACUUCCCGUCUUGGCUCCACAACUCCUAAUAACCGCAACCAUCGAAGAGCGGCACAAUGCUUGCCUCCCAGGUUUAUGCCGGGUCAGCGGAGGAAGAGGUCUACACGUUUCCCGCACAUUUUUUUUUCCAAACACAUACAUCCGUGCACAGCUCUGAGUAGGAUUUAGUGAAAGAGAGGUGGGGGGGGGGGGGGCAUGUGGAAGAUCAAAAUAAUCCUGCAGAUGUGCUUUGCUGUUUGGUCACUGGAAAUAUACAGGGACCCAAAAGAGAGACGAAGUACACUUUUUUUUCUGAUCAGUAAGGAAGCUUCGAUUACUUGAAAUUGCACCAAAAUGUGCAAAAUAUUUAGGUUCUAUUGGUUAUAAUUAAGUGUUAAUUAAUUAUAAGAUUUGUUCCCUGUGUGCAGAAGUAAAAGCGCCUUUUACGUUGAUUAAUGCAGUGCGAUGCAAUAAUAAGGUUAUUAGGGGGAGGUCCCGAAAUCCCUUUUUGCAAUAUGUCUCUCCCAUAAACGUUGUCUUAGAUUUCGGAGAGAAUUGUUUUGUUUUAUUCCCUGCAGUGUAGCUGUCAGUUCCGGGGCAUCCAUCACACAAAUGGGAGCUGAGUUUGCAUUGACAGGGAGAGCCUGUGGGGGAGGGCAAGGUGUGUGGAGGGUGGGGGUGUGCUACUGGAAUGGGAGGGAGCUGGUCACCGUUGAUGUCACAGCCAAGAGACGGUCAUGAUUGGAUCUAAUUAUAAUUUGCAGCAGCAAAUAGACAGGCUUCCCUGUACGAUUGACUUCAAAGUGUAUGGUGCUGAGAGAGAGAGAGAGAGAGAGAGAGAGAGAGAGAGAGAGAGAGACUGAUAGAAGAGGAGAAAGUAGGAUUGUUGCAUUCAAAGACCGGCAGGACAAGGUGGAGGUGGCAACGUUGAAGGGUCGCCCGAGGACCGCUUGUUUUUCGGCUUGAGCCAGUGCCACCUCGCUCACCCAAGUGCUUUAGUGAGGAGAGGACAGCUCAAGAACAGAGGUACAGAGGGUUGGCAGGGAAAAAGGAAAGAGAGAGAGGGAGAGCGCUGCAAGGGCUGAAAGUGUGAGGGAGGUGGGAACAAGUGACUCGCGAUCAAUAGACAAGGGGAAACUGGAGUGGAGGAGAGAGGGAGACGAAGGAAAGAGCGACGCAUUUAAAGGCACUCUGAACCAGCAGCGUGUUCUCAGACCUACUGCGAUGGCAUCGGUCCUGGUGAGCAACAGAGGCUCGGCAACUCCGGGCAGCCAGCUAAAAUGCAAGUUCAAGAGGAGGAGGAGGAGGCGAUCGAAGAGGAAAGUUUGUUCUCCUCCUCCUGUUCUGAAGACCCAUGCUGGGGUAUGGCUCCAUUGCACCACCAGGCCUUCAGUCCCUCACCGAACAGAGUACUCUUCAUGUGAGAGCAGCGAGCAUAAAUUAAACACCCUUUCUUCGUUCAUUGGUCCAUUCAAGUAUUUCAGCCCUGGUUUGGAAAAUACUGAGGAUGAAGAUAAUUUGAGUACCAGUAGUGUGGAGGUAAAGGAGAAUCGUAAUGUAGGUAACUUAUCGUUGGAAGAUCAUACACGGGCCUCUGGUGAUCGGCAAGUCUUUCGCUGUACAGACAUAUCCAGAAGUGGAGCAUCGGGAUUGAAAAGGAAAAGACCACUGGAGGAAGGGAACAAUGGACACAUGCACCCUAAGGUGCAGCUGAAAUGUAAGAAAUUGUCAUGGUCGGUGAUGCCAAAGAACGCCCUGGUGCAGCUGAAUGAGCUGAAGCCCGGACUACAGUACAAGAUGGUCUCUCAAACCGGACCUGUGCACGCGCCCAUUUUCGCCAUUGCAGUGGAAGUGAAUGGCUUUCUCUUUGAGGGCACGGGACCCACCAAAAAGAAAGCAAAGAUGAGGGCGGCGGAGAUGGCCCUGCAGUCUUUCGUCCAGUUCCCAAAUGCUUCCCAGGCCCACUUCGCCAUGGGUAACUGCGUAAACCCCAGCGCGGACUUCACGUCCGACCAGGCCGACUUCCCCAAUACACUGUUCAAAGAGUUUGAGCCCUCGGUGCAAAGCGAUGGCCUGCCUUGCUGCAGUCCUGCUGACAGUGAGUUACUGUACGGCGGUUGGCGACACGGACGAUUACUCUGCCACACAUUGGACUUAAUGGUCCAAGCCAAACAGAACAAACACAAGAUGUCGUACCCAGCAGCUGGCAAUAAGAACCCAGUCGAGAUGUUAAAUGAGCUGCGCCCGGGACUGAGAUACGUGUGCCUCUCGGAGACGGUGGAGAGACACAUCAAGAAAUUUGUGAUGGCAGUGAGGGUGGAUGGGAGAACGUUUGAAGGCAUGGGACGCAGCAAGAAGCUGGCAAAAGCCCAGACUGCACAAGCUGCUCUUCAAGCUCUCUUUAACAUCCCGCCAGUGCCCAGUGGAAAGCCUUGUCAAAUGCCUGACAGGAAUAAAUGUCCUCGUUUACCACAGGAAUUCGCUGAUGCAGUAUUUCACCUGGUCACAGAGAAAUUCAAAGAGCUAACAGACAAUUUGACCUCUUCACAUGCACGGCACAAGGUACUUGCAGGAAUCGUAAUGACCAAAGGUCUAAACAUGAAGGAUGCCCAGGUUGUUGCACUGUCAACAGGGACAAAAUGUAUAAAUGGCGAAUACAUUAGUAACCAGGGUCUAGCACUAAAUGAUUGCCAUGCUGAAAUUAUUGUACGGAGAUCAUUAGUUCGUUUCCUUUACUCUCAGCUGGAACUUCAUUUAAGUAAACAGCCAGAUGACUGGGAACGUUCAAUCUUUGUUCAUCAAAAAGAGGGAGGCUACAAGCUGAAAGAAAAUAUCCUUUUCCAUCUGUACAUCAGUACACCACCUUGUGGAGACGCUCGCCUGAACUCUCACCGAGAAGCGAGAGCUGAAUUGCAACACAGCAGGCCAUUGAGCAGGAGAGUUCGGAGCCACCUCAGAACGAAGAUUGAAUCUGGAGAAGGCACCAUUCCAAUCCGCUCCUCUAACUCCAUCCAGACGUGGGAUGGAGUAUUACAGGGAGAACAACUGCUGACAAUGUCCUGCACUGACAAGAUUAACAGGUGGAACAUUCUGGGCACACAGGGAUCGCUCCUGAGUUAUUUCAUUGAACCGAUCUACCUGCAGAGUAUUGUGUUAGGAAGCACCCACCGCGUUGACCAUCUUUCCCGGGCGAUAUGCCAUCGGCUAGAAGAUAUUGGGCAGCUGCCAUCACCCUACCGAUAUAACCAGCCUCUCCUCAGUGGGGUCAAUAGCACAGGACUUCGCCAGCAGGGAAAGUCCCCAAGCUUCAGCGUAAACUGGACUCUGGGAGACUCCGACCUGGAGAUCGUUAAUGCUACAACAGGAAAGGGGGACCUGGGCUGUUCGUCCAGACUCUGUAAGCGUGCACUUUAUACCCAAUGGGCAAAGCUGUAUGGCAAGCUGAGCACACGAGCCUCGAACCUUCGGGGAACGCCGUCCGUGUACUGUGAGGCCAAGCUGGCAGCCGAGGACUACCAGGCCGCCAAGCAGCAGCUGUUCAAGGCAUUGCAGAGAGCUGACCUGGGCACGUGGGUAAAGAAGCCCCCAGAACAGGAUCAGUUCUUGCCUGCUGCGUAGAGAUGACGGCACAGACCAUGGCUUGUAAUGUUCAAAGUGAACUUCAGUGAAGGAGAAAGUAAAAGCAAACCUCAAAAUCUCCACCUUUCUUCGGAAGACAGCUCCCAUCAUUGCCUCAUCGAACCUGCUCACCCCUGUUUCCACAGAUGGUGUUCAUAGCAAUGCAGACGCCAAUAGCUCCAUUGGUAAUGAACUGCCCUAUGGAAUCCUCCAGUUCUUAACCUGUAGCAGAAAGGCAUUCACCCACAAACUGUUGGACCAACAAAAGACGUGACAAACAGUCUGAGGGCAAAAUUGAAUUGUAAAAUCAACCCUUCAUCUAUUUCUCUGAUAAGGUGCUUCUUUCCUCUCGCUCAUAUACAUUUUGUGGUGGCCAUUGAAUACAAUUUUAUAAUCAAUUUCUUAUUAAUCUGAUAUUUAUAUCCAGGCCUCCUGGUGCACAACCAUUGAGAUUCUGUCCAAUUACUGUCCAAGCUUUGAGGAGCUGGCAAUGAUUGUUAUUUAAACUUCAAUCCGAAACAAACAGAGGCCGAGUUGGCUGAGCAGACAUUCCUCCAGCAUCCCUCCGGACCUGUAGAGGUCGCUGCUGUGGGAAACGAGCCCCAUCUGUCCGAGAGGCAAAAGUGAGCUGAAACCAAAUAGGGAGAAGUUCAUUGAAGCACAACCACCCUACGUUGGAGUUGAGAGGGAGCUCAUGCUGAGGUGCUUUUAGUUUGGAUUAGAAACAAUAACUAAAGGGAUUAAUGGUCAUAGAUGUCCUGGUUUAAGAAUUGCACAGAUAACAAGCGGCCUGGCAACUGAGGAAUUGAUCGAGUGGUUAACAGCAACCAGCCCAAGAGCAUUGAAUCAGCCUUGAGCGAGUGAAAUUGCUACGACUUACAGCUGCGUACUUUCCACUUGAGAAGUGAGAAGUGGCUGUUGUAAGUGGCGGGUGGGAGGGUGCAAUGUUAACAUGCAAUACACAUAGCUCAAGCCAGCUUGGAAGGAGGCACACGGUCCUCCCAACUGAGACGGUGUAGUGCUGCUUUACUAUGCAAAUUAGGUCCUGUGGUUGUUGGAGAACCCCUGCUGCAGAACGUGGGGUCAAAUAGUUGAGAUCCACCUGAGCUACUGGCAGUCCAAACAGGGCUGGCUGACAAACUCUGCAAGCGUUCUCAGCGAUACUUUCUUAAAAAGGAACAGGAAAAUAAUCUGGAGGGUUACCAGUCGAGUUUUGAAUCACUCCCACAUGAAGCUGCCUGCCGACCAGUGUAAUGAGUUCACCCUAAAAGUUACGUUUGACUUCAUAUCAUUACAGUUGAUAUUAUUUAUCUGUAUAUUCAAAGGGCUUUGAUGACCUGGCUUAGAACAGCAGACUAACGAAUGUCAACGUAUGUGGACUCAGAAGAUGUGUUUUAGCUUUUCAAGGCCACAAAGGAAGCAAAGUUCCAGAGCUUAUUGCUCGAGGGAUGGAAAUGAAAUGUAGUGACAUUAUGCUACCUUGAGCCUUUGGUUAGACCAGACUGCGAGCAAUGUGUGUAGGACUGAAUAGAAGUGAUGUAGAGUUGUUGCAAAGAAGAUUGACAUGGACUAUAUCAGAACUGUGAGUGUAGACACAAUGAGAACGGGUGAACAAACUGGGUCUCUCCUUCACUUGCAGAAGCUCAAGCAGUGACCUACCUUAAAAUGAUGAAAGUUUUGAAAAGAAUGCAAUCUGAGAACCCUGUGUUCAUGGAUUCCUUUAUCACUCCUAUCGAUCAACCCAGGGCUUAUCUCCCUUUGUUUACUUUUUCUUCAUUCCCCACUCCCUACCUCACCACACCGCUAUGUUACCCAGAUAAUUAACCGUUCCCCAAUCUGCUUCCGCCUGACCUUCACCAUUACACUUAUCAUCCUGGGUUUCUCCUUCCUUUGCCUACCUCUCCUAUCCAUUCCCCAAUCUGCUUCUAUGUGUCCAUCAACCUUCCAUUAUCAGUUUCCUGUUCCACACUAACUUCCCAUUCCACCUCCCAUUUCUCCACAUAACUCAACUCCCCCCCACCCCCAUCACCUACCACUCCCCCUCCCCGAUACUGGCUUUUCUCUCUCUAUACUCUCAGUCCUAAUGCAGGGUCUCACCCAAAGCAUCAAUUGUCUCUGCCUCCGCAGAUCCACUGAGCUCCUCCAACGGUUUAUAGUUUUUUUGGCUCUGGAUUCCAGCAUCUUCAAUUUGGAUACAGAGAUAAUGUUCCCAUGUGUUGUGAGCAUAUAACUAGAGGCCACCAUUUGGAAAAAGUCACCAAGAAAUCCAACAGGGCAUUCAAAAGAAACUUCUUCACCUGAAAAAUAUUGAGUACAUGAUAGUGGCUACCACAGGGAGAGGUUGGAAUAAAUACUAUAGAUAUAUUUACAGGGGGGGUGGACAAACAGAUGAGUGAGAAGGUAAUUGGUUUAAUGAGGAAAUGCAAGAGGAGAUUCAAGUGCAGCAUACACACCAGCAUAGAGCGGUUGGGCUGAAUAGCCUCAGAAUCAGUUAUUUAUUAUCACUGUCUUAUGUGAUGUGAACUUCGUGGUUUUGCAACAUAAAAAUUAUAAGAAAUUAUGAAAUAAGCAAAUAGUGCAAAAGCAAAGGAUUAACAAGAUAGUAUUCAGGAGUUAAUGGAGCAUUCAUAAGACGGGGGGGGGAUGAAGCUGUUUCUGAAUCAUUGAGGGGGGUGAGGUUCAAACUCCUGUACAUUGUCCUGGAUGGGAAGGUUAAUUAGUAAUGGAUUCAGCCUUGUUGAGGCAAUGCUUCUUGAAGAUGUCCUUAUCAAGGAGGGAGAGUUGUGCCCAUGAUGGAGCUGGCUGAAUCUCCAACUUCAGAAUUCUCUUGAUAUCCAGUGUAUUGGAGCCUCCACACCAGGAUGCCCUGCAGUUUUUGGUGACAUACCAAAUGUCCUCAAACCCCUAACAAGUUUGAGCAGCUGACGUGCUUUUUUGCAUAAUUGCAUCAACGUGUUGGGAUCGUCAGAGAUGUUGACACAUAGGAACUUUAAAGCUUCAAUCAGUUCCUUGCUCUUACUGACACUGAGUGGAAGAUAGUUCUUCUUGCAAUACCAUUCCACCAGCCAAUCUACCUCACUUCCUGUACGCCUCCUCAUUGCUAUCCGAGAUUUUACCGACCACAGCGGUAACAUUUGCAAAUUUAUAAAUGGCGUUUCAGCUGUGCUUAGCUGCUCUGUCAUGUGUGUAGACAGUGUAGGAUAAGGAUGCAUUCUAGGAAAAGGUGUAUCUGGGUUAAUUAUCAGCAAAGAGAUGUUAUCACCGAUCCCUGCUGACUGUGGUCUCAAUGCCGUUGAUGUAGGCAGGAGCAUGUGCACUGCCUCCCUUGCUGAAGUCAACGGCCUGCUCUUUUGUUGAUAUGAAAGGAAUGGCUGUUGUCAUGACAUCAUGUCUCUACCUUCCUUCCCUUCCCAAUGAACUCUCUGCUCGUUUUGAGCAGCAGGGGACCCACCCCGACAUACUCCAGCGCACCUGACCCACAGCCACCAUUGCAGAUGUACGAUCAGUCUUCCUGAGAGUGAGCCCAUGGAAAAAAUCUAGCUCAGUUGAUGGCUUAGAUGGUAUCCCUAGCCCUGUCCUUAUAUCCUGCGGCGAUCAGCUGGCUGAAGUAUUUACAGACAUUUUUAAAACUCUCCCUGCAUCAAUCUGAGGCUUCCACCUGCUUUAAGAAGACAUCCAUCAUCCUGGUACCUAAGCAAAACAAGAUAACAUGCCUUAACGACUGCUGCCAAGUGCCUCUGACAUCCAGCGUUGUGAAGUGCUUCAACAGACUGGUCUUGGCAAUCAUUAACUCCAGCCUUCCAAACAACUUCGACCCACAUCAAUUCACCUACCAGGUCAGAAUCAGGUUUAUUAUCACCGGCAUGUGACGUGAAAUUUGUUAACUUUGCAGCCGCAGUUUGAUGCAAUACAUAAUCUAGCAGAGAGAGAGAAAAAAAUAAAUAAAACAUAAUAAUAAAUAAACAAGUAAAUCAAUUAUGUAUUUUAAAUAGAUUUUUUUUAAUGUGCAAAAACAGAAAUGCUGCAUAUUUUAAAAAGUGAGGUAGUGUCGAAAGCUUCAAUGUCCAUUUAGGAAUCGGAUGGCAGGGGGGAAGAAGCUGUUCCUGAAUUGCUGAGUGUGUGCCUUGGGUGCUGGAGGUCCUUAAUAAUAGACGCUGCCUUUCUGAGACACCACUCCCUAAAGAUGUCCUGGGUACUUUGUAGGCUGGUACCCAAGAUGGAGCUGACUAGAUUUACAAUCUUCUCCAGCUUCUUUCAGUCCUGUGCUGUAGCCCCUCCAUACCAGACAGUGAUGCAGCCUGUCAGAAUGCUCUCCACGGUACAACUAUAGAAGUUUUUGAGUGUAUUUGUUGACAUGCCAAAUCUCUUCAAACUCCUAUUAAAGUAUAGCCGCUGUCUUGCCUUCUUUAUGACUACAUUGAUAUGUUGGGACAAGGUUAGAUCCUUAGAGAUCUUGUCACCAAGGAACUUGGAGCUGCUCACUCUCUCCACUGCUGAUCCCUCUAUGUGCUCCUUCGUCUUAACCUUCCUGAAGUCCACAGUCAGCUCUUUCGUCUUACUGACAUUAAGUGUCAGGUUGUCUAAGACAGGUAACACUCCCUGGCCCCUACAGUCAUAUCUGGAGCAUCCAGACAGUAAAGACACCUAUAUCCAACAAUUGUCUAUUGAUUACAGCUCUGCCUUACAGCUCUACUAUAAUUUCAAACUAGCUCAUCACCAAGCUUUGAGAUCUGGGAAUCAGCAAUCCCACAGCAACUUGCUGACCAACAGACCACAAUCAGUAAGGACAGACAGCAAUACCUCUGCCAUGAUUAUUCUGAACACUGAUGAUCCACAAAGUUCUGACCUCAGUUCCUUGCUCUACUCCCAGUAUGCUCACUUUCUGCUCUAAUUCCAUUGGCAGGCUUGCAGGUGAUACCACUGUGGUGGGCUGUAUCUCAAGUAAUGAUCUACACAGGCCUUGAUGAAGUUGGUAAUAGCCAUGGCAUACUCGUUCAGAUUCAGAAAUGAAUAUCUGAAUAUGGUCCAGUCCACCAAUUCAAAGCAGUCCUGUAUAUGCUCUUCUACCUCCCUUGACCAUACACUUCUUUCUGGUCCUCACUACCGCUACUGUGGCCCUCAGUUUCUGCCCUUACGUGGGGAGUAGGAGUACAGCCAGGUGAUCGGACUCACUAAAGUGCAGGCGUACGAUAGCACAGGAAGCAUUCUUGAUAGUGGUGUUACAGUUAUUGAGUGUAUUGACUCCUCUGGUUCCACAGGUGACACGGUGGUGGUAGUAUAUCAGAGUUCUUUUCAACCUAACUUGACUGAUCAGGAGGAUGUCAAGGUGCACUGUUAUCACAGUGUUCAGCUCCUCCAGAAUCACCUUAACAUUUUCCAAGGGUGGGAUGUACCUAACCUGUGCUGACCAGCUGGCUGGAGUGGUCAAGAGCAUCUCCAAUGCUCACUGAUGUCAUCAGAGGUUGCUAGCAGCAAUCAUACCCCUGCCCAAGGAGAGCAGCAAGGCCUGUUACAGCUCCAGUUAUUAUAUGACAUCUGCAGUAGUUUUACUAUGUGUGUUAAUGGCACAUUAUCACUGAGACACUUUGGAAUGGGUAGGUUUUAUUAUCCUGAUUUAAGUUCGGAAUCGACAAGAUGACAUGCUUAGCUGGGCAUAAGCAUGAGAAUCAGAACCUGGUUUAAUAUCACCAACACAAGUCUGAAAUAUUUUGCAGAUUUUCUGGAAAUCCAGAGUAACACGAACAAAAUGCUGGAGGAACUCAACAGCUCUGGCAGCAUCCAUGGCGAGGAAUAAACAGUCGAUGUUUAAGGCCCAGACCAUUCAUCAGGACUGAUGAAGAGUCAAGACCCGAAACGUUGGCUCUCCAUUGAUGCUGCCUGACUUACUAAGUUCCUCCAGCAUUUUGUGUGUGUGUGUUAUUAAGCUUAGCUGAGGCUCAGUCUGUAAGAAAUGAACCAAACUUCAAAUAAAGGAAAGAUGAGACAGCUGGUACCAUUGGACAUCCUGAGUCCAAAUCAAUUCCAUUCCCGAAAAGUGAAUGGAGGCACGUGAAGAGCUGAAGGUGCUGGAAUUCUGGAGCAACACUCAAAAUAUGCUGGAGGAUCUCGACAAUCCUGAUGAAGGGUUCCAGCUCCUGACGUAGACUGAUCAUCCCCUCCUUAGAUGUUGCCUGGCCUAGUGAGUUCCUCCGCAUCUUUUGUGUGUUGCCCAAGAAGGGAAUGGCUCCAAACAAAAAUAUCACCACAUUCACUGUCCUCAAAAUCCAGUUUGCUCAUGCAGCAGUUUUCAAAUAUUCAAUUAUCUCAACAUUUUGAUAUUGUAAUAAGUGAGCACGGCAGUCUCUACCUUUUGUGCAAAAAAUCUAGAGUUGGAGACUUAUAACACAUGGGGACAAGGAUUUGCAUACCUAAGCAGCCUGUUUCAGGCAGGGGACUGGGCUCACCUUUAAAGCCCAGUUGGUUCAGGCAGUUCCUAGGCAUGUCCAAGAUGCCCUAUCCAGCACCAUCUCCCAAUGGCAGAGCAGCACAGGCUGCAAGUUCAUUAAGCACCACAGGCUGAGCACUGGAGGGCACCAGUGAAGAGGAUGAAAGCAUAACGUUCAGGAACUCAGCCCAGGGGUUCUCAGGGCUCCUGUGCCCUUCAGCACCUGCUUACAGAAACCUUUCUUCUCAGUGUGAUAGACCCACAAUCAGUUUUCUUUCUCAAGGAAAGACUCAGGCAUCGGUGUGCUUUGUUUGGAGCAGACGCUUUAAACUUGUGCUGCAGAUUUCUGCUGUAUAGAGAACGUCCAUCAUUUCCCACAGUGCAGCUUACACAAAGCUGGGAGCAGGACACUCCAGGUCUAUGGCAGCAACCGAGAGAGACACCGGAGAGCUCAGGAAACACGGGAAGUGAAAAUGGCAGCUUUUACUUUCAGGAUUUUUGUCCUGGUGUAAACGUGUGGCUCCAGACACAUUUUUCUUUUAAUUCAGCCCCAAAAAUAGAAAAAUGUUUCCCUUCCCCCUGGAAUUUGUUCUUGGUUCACAAGUCACAAUCUCAUGAACCAGCGUUUACCCUUUGAGUCCACCGUGUGUUUCCUGAUAUUUUUGCUGUCUUCAUUUUUAAAUUUCAUAUUUAAAAAAUGUAAAAAGAUUACUAUUCUGUGUCGUGUGACACGACAUGUAACAAGAUUGGGUACUUUUGUUCAGCUCUGUUAGCAUCUGAGAGAGUGCAAGUCUAUUUUGAGGAUGUAAAAAGUGUGUAAUGCAAUUGGAGCCUUGUACAUAAAAUAAAAUAUUGAACAUGCA